GGAAUGAUGGGGCCACAUGGGCGAGGGCAUGGAUCACCUCCACCACACCACUUAAGACCAGUCUCCCCUCAGUCUCAUCUUGGCCGACCACCACAUAUACCUGAUCAUCAUGGAAGAUUUGGCCAUGACUUACCCCCAAUGGAUCUCAAUGAACGCAGGAGGCAAAUGUCACCAGGUCGACAAGGUCACAGGCCAAGGUCACGUUCCAAAUCUCCUUACUCAGGCAGGCCUUAUCCUUAUCCCCCAGGUGAGAGAAGCGGGCCUUUGUCACCAAGAGGACGAGUGCCUCCCAUGGCACAGAACAGGCGGGGCCCAAGAACUCCACCAUUGCCUUCUUCCAGGAAAAUGUCUCCAAGGCCAGGGCCUCGAGAGGCAGUGAAAUCUCCCAGAGGUGCACAAACUGGUUGGUCACAGGACAAUAAAGGGCCGGUUCAGGGUAGAAGACCCAGUCCAUCUCAGUCCUAUCCACAUGAACGGGGCCCUUAUCACCGUGGGGGCACAGGGCAGUCAUCUGUGAGAAGAAACGCUACAGGAAACAGUCCUCCACCAGGUGCCAGAGAUCAACCUAGGGGUCAGGAUGAUGAACACAAACCACAGUAUCAUGGAAGAAAUCAUUCACCAACUUAUCAGAAUGACAAGCAAUCUGAAAAUGUUAGGGAAAGGAUUGGUGCAGAGUCAGAUGACAAAAAGCGUAGAUUAGAUUCUCCAAGAAGAUCAGAGAACAGGCAGAAAUCCCCUUACAGAAACCGAUCUCCUGGGCGAUCACACCCGUUAAGGGGUAGCAGUCAGUCUGGGCGUGGGAAAGGACGUGGUACCAAAGGAGGUAGACAUGCCAGUCCAGUUUCAGACCGCAACCGCAGACAAGUUGGACGCAAGCGUGAUAAUCUACCAAGGUAAACAACGUUCAAGAAGCCCCUCUGGACGUCAAAAGGCACCAGGAUCAUCCUGGGAGAAAAGAGAAGCCAAGAGCUCUGAAAGUUUUGGCAAAGAGGGAGUUGCAUCAGCUCGAAACCAAUCACCAGAAAGACAUGGUCGGAAUGGAAGUCCUUGGUUGGAGCCAGUGACACCUGAGAAGCAAAGCCAUGGAACACGAGAGCAUUCUUUGACCCCAGGAGAAAAUGCCAAUGAAGACCAGGAAAGGAAAGACCAAUCGGCAAAAGCAAAGGCUGCAGAAGAGGGAAGAGAAGAUAAAGAAAAACAUCCAGUUGACCAGAAGAACCACCAAACUGAACCACCUAACAAGAAACAUGAAUCUUCGACAAGGGAUGAAGGUAAACCAUCAGUUGAACAAGAAAAAUUAGAAGCUCGUCGAAAGAAAUUCGAACAGAGUAAACCUGUUGUGCCUCAGGAGCCACGCAAGAUCUUACUAAAAUCCUCAGAGUCAUCAAAAUCUACUGACGUAGAAAAUGCUGACAAGGAGAAAAAAGAUGAAAAUCAGAAAGAUGAACAUGAGGACAAGAAGAAGAAAAAGAAAAAGAAGAGGGCAAAGGAAGAAGAAGAAUGACGAUGAUAAUGAUGAUGAUGCAUCAAUGAAAAAUAAAUCAAGUAAAAAGAAAAAAAAGGAAAAGAAGAAAAAGAAGAAAAGCAAAAAAAAGAAGAAGAAGCAUAAACAUUCAGAUAAUGAGAGUGAGGAGGAGGAGGAGAAAGAGACAAGUAAAACCAGAAAUGUAAAAGAAGGGAAAAAGGAAAACAUUGACUCUUCAGACCUGCGGCAUAUGCUGAAGAGGAAAAUAGAGAGUACUGAGAGUGGGAGAGGCAACAGCAGCAGUGGUAAACAGGACAUGGAUGAAAAAGAUGAAAAACGGGCAAGGAGAGACAAGCAUGAAGACAGGCCAAGGGUUUUGGUGAGGACCAAGAGCAGGCAGUCAGAGAGUACCAGGAAGAAGCAUGAUGGAAAGCCUCUCCUUGUGACUGUAGCAUCUGGUGAAAAUCGCCAUGUCAUGUCUGGUGAUGUUGUAAGCAAACGAGAUGAAGGGAAAGGCUCUCAGCGCUUGUCAGUCCACCUCCGUCUAGGCCCAGCAAAGACAUCUUGGGAGGAGGGCAAGUCUAGCAGCGUCCAGGGCAGUGGGAGCAGU